CAUGUCAUACAACGAAUACUAGUCUAACAUUCGCGAUCCCUCCUUGCGUGUGCUUACCAAUGCAUACAUUUUGGCGACGAAUGAAUGUUGUCAACGUCGCUAUUGAGGACGUAUCGUACCUCCAAAGGAAGACAUAAUAUAACAUAUGUCAAAGCCAGGAGAUCCACUAGUUUCGCCGUGCUCAAGUUCCUACCCAACAGUCUCCAACUUCCAGCUCCCCGAAUACUCUUCCAUCCGCCUCGAACACCUAGCCAAGUUUACUGAUCCGCCUCAAACCCCGUCCAUUCCAAUUACUCAACUCUCAACGAAACCUGCGCUUAUCCUCGAUCCACUGAUCCCCAAACAGACUCCUCGAUGCCUCCGUCAACUCACCAUACAGGCAUGGCCCCGUCGAAUCAGCGCACAUCCAUUGCACGGGUCCACAGGCUAUAGUCGCAUUACUUCGCGCAUAUGUUGUGUUGAGACGGGGGUAUAUUGGUUUCGUCGUGUACGUGGCGGCGCCAGGCCGAGGAUAAGCCUUGGUGAAAGGAAGGAGGAGCGUGGUGAGACUGAGGAGACAGUAUGUCAGAUUGGCAGGGUAUGUGGUGCGCAUGUUGUGUCGGGGUUGUCUUGCGAGUAUGUAGGGUUAUAUGUCGGUCUUAUAUCUGCGGGAAGAGGUCAGAGGAGGGAGGGAAGAAGUAGCAUUAUCGGGAAUGACUGCCAGGAGAGAGUGGAAAGGAUAUACGUGAAGGUGAGAAACUCGAUGAGGCGGCGAACAAUGCUGUUUUGGCUCGUGUUCAUGGAUAGAACAGCGGUGUCUGGAUGGAUGAUACGAUGCAACAUGGUCGAGCUGAGUUAACUUCAGGUCAUUGUGCAUUCAUUGUACUGGUGCGCUGUGCGAGUGCUAGCUGCAGACAUCGCAUGGACUCCACUAUCCUGAGUAUCUCGCAAUAGGUAUAUAAAUC